AUGUUGUCCGCGCCGAUCUACACUGGCAGCACUGGGAACCCAUCCGCGGUCUACCUCGACAUUAGCAAGGAGCAAGACCCUUCAGUCCGGACGACACCCGAACAGCUGCGGAAAGGACAGAGACGUGCGCUGGAGAGCGCGCUGCGGGUGGACCAGGCAGGAGAGUUGGCCGCAAACUAUAUAUACAUGGGGCAGAAAGCCGUCCUAGGACGCGAUCCUGUGACGGGGUCCCUGAUACAGGAAAUGUGGGACCAAGAGAAGAAACACCUUGCGGUGAUGAACAAGCUUCAGGUUCAGCAUCAGGUACGACCCACCAUGCUGUGGAACGUCGCCCUGGUUGCGGGAUAUGGGCUUGGCGCUGUCACAGCACUGAUGGGAAGGGAAGCAGCCAUGGCCUGCACGGAGGCGGUGGAGACGAUCAUAGGUGAACAUUAUGAUGAUCAACUGAAGGAAAUGGAGGACUUGCCCACCUCUCAUCCGAGCGUGCCGCUGUUGAGGAAGGUCAUCGUAGAGUUCCGGGAUGACGAGCUAGAACAUUUGAAUAUUGCUGUCGAAAAUUACUCACAGCGGGCACCUGCACACGCGCUGCUGAGUACCGUAGUGGGGGCCGGGUGCAAGGUUGCUAUUGAGCUUUGCAAGAGGUUCUAGACUUGUGAUGCAUCAUAUACAGUCAUGUCAUGUAGUCAUAUCGUAACCGAGCAUGCUGUAGAGCGAUUCUACUUAUUGCAAUGAAAAUGUACACCUUCACUCCUCGGAUUCUGGAGCUGGUGGGGGGACGCGAUACAGCGUUUCGCUCUUCAGCUUGCCGGCCCAACUCCACUUCAAAUCUUGAUCGUAGGCAAGGUAGAACAAUGCCCCAGGAAUGACAAUCAUUCCCACGAUUGAUUGUAUGGUGGUC